AUGACGCACUCAAAUGAGUUCCGCCCGAUUAUUAAAUCCUUCCUGGACACAGACGCCUACAAGCUGCACAUGCAGCAGGCUAUCUUUCACCAGAACCCAACCGUAAUUACAGCCUAUGAGUUCAACUGCCGCAACAAGGAGGACCACCUUGGCAUCUACGCAGAUCUCGUUUGCGUGCAAGUGCAACAUAUGGCGACUGUGCGCCUGACUGAGCCGGAGUGCACGUAUUUGGCAACGUUGCCUUUCUUCAAGGAGGACUACCUCGAGUAUCUACGCGGCUACCGCUACAAACCGGAGCAGGUGCACAUCCGCGCUGUGCCGCAGAUGCUGACGUGUGAGAACGAGUUUGGCGAGGACGGCUCCGACUUGGCAGUGACUGUGGAGGGGCCAUGGGUGGAAACAAUUCUGUGGGAAAUCCCGCUACUGGCAAUCAUCAGCGAAGUCACUCAGCAGAGCAGACACCCUCGCAUAGGCCCGGCUGAGGCGCUGGUGACCCUACACGAGAAAUUGGACCUCUUCUUCGCAAAUCACACAGAGGCUGAGCUGGCUACCUUCAAGGUCACUGAAUUCGGCACGCGCCGGCGAUGCAGCCAGGCGGUGCAGGAAGUGGUUGUGCGAGCACUGAAGGAUGACACACGCUUUGGGCCGCACUUGAUCGGUACAAGUAACUAUGAUCUGGCGCGGCGUCUUGGUCUGCCGCCAGUGGGAACUCAGGCGCACGAGUGGUUUCAGGCCUUUCAGCAGCUAUCCCCAGAGCUCCGCCAUUUCCAGAUUAUGGCUAUGGACUACUGGCUACAGGAGUACCCGCAGUGCCUCGGCAUUGCACUCACGGAUUGCAUCACGAUGGACGCCUUCUUGAGCGACUUCGACACGCGUCUGGCGAACGCCUACCAGGGGCUGCGGCAGGACUCAGGUGUGCCUGUGGAGUGGGGCCGGAAGGCUGUGGCCCACUACAAAGCUCUCGGGAUCGACCCCCACACGAAGACUCUCGUCUUUUCAGACGGCCUGGAUCUGGAGAAAGCGGUGGAGCUGUAUAACUCCUUCAAGCGGGAGAUACAGGUGAUGUGCGGUAUCGGAACGCAACUGACGUGCUCCAUCAAGGGAGUUCUCCCGAUGAACAUCGUCAUUAAGAUGGUCCGAUGCCAGGGCAAACCAGUCGCGAAGGUGUCUGACAGCCCUGGGAAGAGCACCUGCGGCGACCUCGAGUAUUUAGAAAAGUUGAAAGAGGUCUUCAAGGUUUAG